AUGGCAGCACGCACUACAACGGCAGCAAGGGCGAUGCUGUGUACACCCCCCCUGCGCCUGGAUGACCAUCCAGGAAAGGAGGCUUCCGCCCAGCAUGUCCUUUACCGUUUUCCCCUGGGACGUCACAAAUGCAGCCAUGAUUACGCCGGGAAGACCGGCUUUGCACCGCUGCGUGUAUCCAGGCCCCCAACAACCCCGGCGCCGACGAUUUCGCCACAGGAGUCGUUUACAACCACAAUCUAA